GGUGAGGGGCAACGUCCGCACCUCCAGAGGCCCCUUCGGAAGGCAGCGAGCGCCCUCCUUUCUCCCGCAGUCCCAGACACUGGCUGGCGACCCGGUCCUCUGCCCUCCACCUUCCCCUGCCCGGCGAGCUUCAGACAAGCCGCCCGACGCCGCGGCCGUCUCUUCCGGCCGCCCGCGCUCCCUCCCUCCCUGGCCGGCAUCUGGCUCCGUCCUCCCGCCUCCCUCGGCUGGCCAGGCAAGCCGGCUCUAAGCUCGCCCCUCGGCGGCAUCUGGUGGCCCCCUUUCCCAGCCCUGCCCGCUCCGCUUCCUCCCCGUCCCGCCGCGGGGGGCAGCGGCCUUUCCUCCCUGCUCGCCUGCAGCGCGCCGGGCGGCGGCCAGAGCCCGGGCGGCGCGGACCGAGAGCGCCGAGGGACGCCCGAUGGUGCUGCGCGGCGACGGCGGGGGAGGUGCCAGGCGCCUUCUGCUGCUCGCGCUGCGCUCACCCUCGCGGAGCCUGCGCCUCUGGCUGCUGCUGCUGCUGCUGCUGGCGGCGCUCGGGCACGCGUGGACCUACCGAGAGGAACCCGAGGAGAGCGACAGGGAAGUGUGUUCCGAGAGCAAAGUUGCCACCACCAAGUACGCGUGCCUGAAGCCCGGCGGGGAACUCAGCACCUGCUUCAGGAAAAAAUGCUGUAAAGGUUAUAAGUUUGUUCUUGGACAAUGCAUUCCCGAAGACUAUGAUGUGUGUGCAGAUGCUCCUUGUGAACAGCAGUGCACAGACAACUUUGGUCGAGUCUUAUGUACAUGCUACCCUGGUUAUCGGUAUGAUCGUGAAAGACACAGGAACCGAGAAAAACCCUAUUGCUUAGAUAUUGAUGAGUGUGCCACAAGCAGUGAGCCUCUCUGCCUUCACAUCUGUGUAAAUACUCCUGGUAGCUAUCGGUGCGAAUGUCAUGAAGGAUACAUACGUGAAGAUGAUGGGAAAGUAUGCACCAAAGGAGAUAAAGCAGGCUUUUCUGAGAAGGUGGAUAAUGUGGUGAAACCAGGGGCAUGCUGUGCCUCCUGCAAAGAAUUCCACCAGAUCAAACAGACGGUACUGCAACUGAAACAAAAGGUUGCUUGGCUACCAAAUAAUGCUGUUGACCUUAGCAAACCAAUCACAGGAGAAAAAGUACUUGCAUCCAAUGCUUAUAUACCUGGCCCUCCUGGACAGCCAGGGGAUCGGGGUCCUCCAGGGGUUGCAGGUCCAAAAGGGAGCCCUGGGUUUCCUGGAUCCCCUGGUCCUCCAGGAGUGCCAGGCCCUAGAGGAGCUAUGGGGCCAAUGGGACCAUCCCCGGACCUGUCUCACAUUAAGCAGGGCAGAAGAGGACCUGUGGGUCCUCCAGGUGCACCAGGAAGAGAUGGAGCAAAGGGUGAAAGAGGUGCACCAGGAGAAAAGGGGCCACCGGGGCCACCAGGUUCUUUUGACUUCCUGCUGUUGAUGAUGGCAGAUAUCAGGAAUGACAUUGCUGAGCUGCAAGAGCGGGUGUUUGGACACAGGACUCAUUCAUCAGCGGAGGAGUUUCCAUUACCUCAGGAAUUUGCUAACUACCAGGAUGUGGAUCUUGGAUCAGGAGAAGACUAUAAACAGAGGACUAUGCCGAAAGACUCCAGAACAUUUGAAGAAGGCAAUCAUUAAAAAGGGACCUCUGCUUUGGACAGAGUGAGAAGGGGUUGGGUAGUGAUCCACAGGUCACUUAAGCCAGCAUAUUUGCACACACCCCAGCUUAGCCAUGGAAAAAUCAGUGGAUAAUAAGACCAUGUGUCAAGGGGGUUACUACAUUCCUUUCCCUAAACAUUAUAGCCCAAACAAGGAGGCAAGGUAGGUUAUUAGUAAUGCUGUGUCAAAGUCUUGUCUUGCAGUUUCUUCCUGUACCAAAGAGGCUUCUGCCUUUUUUACCUCUCAAGGUGCUUGGGAAUUUCUUUGGAUUUAUCAGGUUGUUUUUCAGCUUACUUUAUUGCCUGCCCACACUUCCCAGUCUGAAGAAGCCCUACAGGAGGCUUGACGUUUUGCCUUUCCUUGGUAAUUGAUUGAAGUGCAGGACUGCAGGAACUGGAGAGGUGACUGUAUAGUGGAACACAGGACAUCCACCCAGAAGAACUCUGCUGGACCAGGCCAAAGUCACCUUAGUCCAGAACUUCUUUCUUACAGUGGCCAAUCAGUUGCCUCUCAGGUGCCCACAAAGAACAGACAGAAAAAUGCCCCCUUCCACCAUUCUUCCCCUGCGGAUAUCCUGGCCUCAAGCAGAGGUAACCUAGUGUCUUCAUGAUGAAUAGCUUUUGAUGGACCUGUCCUCCACGAAUCUAUCUAAUCCUCCUUUAAAGAGACCCAAGUGAAUGACUAUUGCCAUUUCUUGUGGGAAUGGAUUCUACGUGUGACUUGUACACCAGAAUUUCACUGGAAAUUCUUUUCUCCUUGCGGGGGGGAAAUGUUUUUCAUCAAACUGAAUGAGAACUAAGAGCAAAAGAAAUGCAGGGGAAUCUUUCCACAGAGCACUAGUGACUAUCGCCCACAUGAAGUCUUUGUGCCUAGAAUGUCCCACUGAAAAUUGCAUAUUUGAAUGUUUUCUCUAGAAAAGAAUCAUCUUCCUUUUAUGUAGAAACCACUGAAGCUCCUAUGCUAAACAGAAAGCUUCUGGGUGGACCUUCCACUUUGCCUGCCAGUUUUUGUGUGCAAGAAUUGCUUGGUUGAGCAUUCAACUAUUCAGUCCCUCGGUGAUGCUUGAGGUGCUACAGCCAGCAACAUCAUUGGAUCUGGCUGUUAUGUGAGUUGCAUAUCAGGAGCCAAGGAGAGCCUCAGCACCGAGCCACAGAUCAUUUACCCCGACUCUUGAUUUCAACUUCUUGCCCUGCCACAUUCCACACAUGCAAAAAGGAUUGAGCAAGCGGAGCCAGGAGCAGAGGCAUCUGCAGGAUCUACUGCUUUCUGCGAAAUGACAAAAGCAACCUACUGUAAAGCCAUCCCCAUGCAAGGACUGCCCCUUUUGUGUAUGUGUGUGACAUCAUGGCACAUGUACAAAACAGACAGAGCUUGCAUUGCAUCAGUGUGAUGCUGUUUCCAUCAUUUGUCCUCUCUAGACCCUCCCACCACCACUGCUGGCCAGGAACACUUACCUACACAGCUUUCUUGCUAUCUGCUCUCUUCUGCAGUAGGAAUUGUAUGACACCCUUCUCCUUGACCAGGAAACUUGUAUAUUCUGAAGUAGAAAAUGUUUCCUUUUGAUGUAGGCUUUCACGGCUGGUAUCUGUUGGGCUGGGUUCCUGCCUAUAUAGUCAGGACACCUCACUGGCUAUAAAGACAGGAACACAGUCAGUCCCUGCUCAUUUGCCUGUGGUCUGUAGCCUCUGAAGAUGCCAGCCACAGCUGCCAGUGAAACAUCAAGGAAUCUGUUCUGUAGACACGGUCACUAAACCCUGAAGCCCAACACUGCCCAAUGCUUCCUUUGUCUUGCAGUGGCUCAAAGCGGCUGCUGUUUUAAUACAUAUAGGGGGAAACAAAAAAUAAGUACACUCUGCACAUGGGGAAUCGCCAUGGAUAAUAAUUUUGCCAUGCCAGAUACUGCAGCUUGCUGGCCACCUGUAAACAGUUGUAGGUCCUCUCAACCAUAUUGUACCAGUUCCUUCCCAUCUUACACAAAGGUGGUUGGAUAUGCAGGGCAAGAAAUAGGCCUGUCUGCAUCAUGCAGUAGAUUAACAUCACAACAGGGGCAUCUGUAAUAACACAUGUUCUGAAAGAGGCAAGGUUGCUCUCGGUGCAUCAGUGUAACUCUCCAGGCCAGUGUUCCUCAGCCUUGGCAGCUUGUAGAUGUGUGGACUUCAGCUCCCAGAAUUCCCCAGCCAGCAAGGCUGGGCGUUGAAGUCCACACAUCUUCACGCCGCCAAGGCUGAGGGACACGGCUCCAGGCAAAGAAACCUGGUAGCUGGCUUAAGUACUGUGGCUUAAAUGGUUUGUAGAUUGCACUGUUAAAGUUGACUCUAUCUUAAACAUGCACUGGUAAUGUAUGAAGUUAUAAAAGUAUUUUAUUGUCCAACACUUUCUCUCUCUUUCCAUUUUCUGUUUGAGUUUGACUCUUCCUUCUUCAUCAAAGAUAUUAUCUUAGCUAAUAUUGUACCAUAUGCAUCUGCAUAUAGAAUCAGACCCAAAAUGAGAUCUAAACUUUUACCUGCAAAAUAUCCCAGGUGUGGUCUGAAGUAGUAGUUCCAAACCUCCAUAACUUACCAAUAGGUCAUCUGUAGUUAACGCAGGGAAUCCUCUAUCUGUAGCUCUGCUAUCCACCCCUGCUUCCUCCUGGCAGCUCUGUUGGAAAAAGGGGUGGUGUGUAUUCAACAGUGUAAUAAUGAACCAAUUGAAUUGGAUGUCUGGAAUUUUAUUAGGAAAGGGAUGAGAAGACGAUAUAAAACCAGAAGUAGAAUGGAAAGAUUAAACAUGUAAAUCAGAUCAAGCCGUUUUGGUUACAGUAGGAGUUAAACAUACAGUAUGCUCUGUAUACUGUCAUUGCUAUUUUAUCAAUGCCAAUUUAAUCAAGUAUUUUGUAAUCCUAUAAUGAGACAGUUACUAAAUCACAGGUAUAUUUUUGCUCUUUUUUUUUAAGCUAUAGCUUAACAUGUCUGCAAUAAAACACUGAUUGGAUAGAAAAUGCUUUUUAAAACUGCAGUCUCAAGGAUGCUGUGUAAUGGCUAAAGUCAAACUCUAUUGGAAAUAAUUGGAAACACCGCUUCCCAAAAGGAGAGGGAAGCUAUUAGCGGGGCAACAUUUCUGCCACUGGAGAAGCCCGGUGUAUCUACAAAAAGCUCAGUGGUUUAGAUGCAUUGUUGGAAGGAUACCUUAAUUGACAGUACAGAUUGAUAAAGCGUGGAGUGUAGGAAGUCCUGACAAUUUUUUUCCGCUCACUGGCAUGCCUUAAAAUCGGACACAAUUCAGUUCUUUCAGGAGACCACAUUUUGAAAAGCCAAACCAAUGCUGAUACAUUAUCAUCCCUCCGCUUUCCGCUUUGACUGGGAUGACUCCAGUAGCGCUUGGAAAACACCAUUCUUCUGUUACAAGCUUUUCCUUUUGUAAGAUUGCUCUGUAAAUAUUAUUAUUCAAAGCUAGUAAUUACAUGGAAGAGUUCACCUCUAGAAGUGCUGAAGCCUUAUCUUUUGCCCAAGUUCCCCAAGUUCACAGGCACUUCCUCUCCAAUUCAGGUAAUAGGAUUACAGCCUCAAUGUUUACAUAUGGUCAUGGUUUCCCCCCAGAAAAUAAGUAAAUUCCGUAUUUCCCCAAAUACAAACAUUCAAACUUUUGCCUCAUACUUCCCCAUUUGGCACAGAAUAUAAAUAUGAGUAAGAAGAAGUAGAAACUUAAGUAUAACUUUAUUGAUUAGUCAAGUGACCAUAUCAAAGCAAUGGGCAUAAGCCACAAGUAAGAAGUAAUGAAGGAAGAAGAAAAAGACAAAGUUAUUUAUAAAAAUAAUAAUGGCAGGAUAAAAAAAAGUAGUAUCUCCCAUUUGAGUAAUCUCUUCAGAUUUUAAGGCACUCGCUGCCUAUAAUCAGAUGGAUAAAUUCUCCCACAGAUUCCUUAUGUAAAUGAAUGAAUCAUUCCAGAGCAAAACAAAUUAAUUUACAAUAAAGUUCUAUAAUUAUAUGCUAUCUCUUUUUUUCAGAUGGUGUUUUAUAGCAAACAAACUGAAACAACCAAGUAUUGUGUCUUUGUGCACAUUUAGAAACAUAUAUAGUACAUUAUUAUUUAUACUAAUUAUAUGAAGUACUAAAACUGUAUAAAACUGUAAUUAUGCAGUAUAUUUGCAAGUAAAGAGGAAUAUUUUUUUAAUGGUG